AGUCAUGGCUUAAUCUUACCUUGAACUUGGUCGUGUUUGCAACGAAUCUUUUCGUCGAGCUACAGCGGACAUCCCAGCUCAAUACUAUAGACAGAUGCGCGGUUGUUAUGAUUUUUUUUCAUUGCAUACAAACAUUGAAAAGUAAAAACCAGACAACCAGUAAAAUCGAUAUAUUCAUACUACAGAGCCAUCAUUGUAUUCGCCGGUGAAAUUAAAGUCGUUGUAGUAUUUUUACCGUUUUUUUUUAUUUUCGGAUGCCUUAUUUCUUUUGUGCAAUUUCAUAACUGGACAUGUGUGCGCGCCAAUGCUUUUAAGACACAGCAGCUAAAGUGUAAUAUUAUAUAAAGACGUGCGUGUGAGUGUGUUUUGUGUGCGCCUGCGCAUCGAGUAUGCCUGGCGAGUGAGCAGCGCUGGUCGCAAGCAAGGCGAUCAAGACAUCAAACAGUCUAGCAAUACCGCUAAAGUGACCCAAUUCAUAUGCAUGCAUACUCACAUGGAUAUACAAAUAUAUAUUUUGAAGGCAUAAAUGCUUACAGAUUUGAUAUAAAAUUGUAAAAUAUGCCGCAUUUAUCUUUCUUUUAUGCGUAUUUUCAUUAAUAUGCACAAAGAAACCAGAUACUGGAAAAACUGUGAUUUCUUUUCUUUAAAACUAACGGAGGUUGUGCGCAUAAAUAACUUGUAAACAUUCAAAUAAUAAUACGCGCCCAUUCGAAAUACUGUUAUCAAGCGCCUGAGUCUAAAUUUACGUUAAAUUGAUUGUUUUGUCGAUUGUCAUCAAGCAUUGACAGCAGCAACAGCAGUUGUACCUGUAGAAAAUUAUUGACUUGACAUAAAUCCCCGAUGGAUUGGCCACGGAGGAGUUCUGCGUUAGCAUUGCUGACUCUCUUUCCGUUCGUACACUGUUGGAGUACAACAACAUUGGGUGGCGCUGGUGGUCAAGCAAAUGUUGUUGGCGCGGGCGCUGGUGCUGGUGCAAUAGGAGUUGGAAAUACCGGUGCCAGCACAGCAAGAGCACAGAGCACAAAUGAAGUCUCGCCAUAUAUAGAUUUGGUGCUAUGCCCAAUGAGAGAACAGCCAUGGGGUUGUGCGCGGCAAAAAUCAGCACGGAUUUUGGAUUUGUGGGAUAAUGACUUGCAAAUGCAGUGGCAGAAAUUAAAAGUGGAAGCCGAUCGUCAAUUGAAUGCAACCAUUGAGAAGCGUGGCUAUAGUGCAUCUGAGGUACUCACCAGAGAAAAACCGUCCACGAUAUUAAAGAAGAUCGAAAUCGGUACCAGUUAUAUGCAGAAAUAUUUAGCUGAAACUAUGGAUGGUUUUCUUGGACGUGAGUAUGACUAUGUGCAGACGGAUCCAAAGCAAAAUUUUGUCACCACUGAUGAAGAAGAUGAUGAUAAUAAUGAGGAAGAGGAGGACAGCGACACAGAAUAUGAGGAAGAUGAUGACGAAGAAGGUAAUGAAACUGAUGCAGAGGCAGAAACUGUGCAGCAGGAAGAGGAAGAUUACACGGAUCGUGAUGAGGUUGCCAGCCAACACAUAGCCAGCUCCCAGGGUCGACCUGCUGCUGUGAAUGGCCAACUGGAUCAUAGUGACGUGCCACUCUUAAUUGGCACAGCACCGGCUGCAGCCAAUCAUGAUGCAUCCGCUGGUGUAGAAUUUAUCGAAAUCGAAGACAAUGAGAAUGCGCCAACGGGUCAGUUGAAGAAACCAGGCGGCGGUGGUAGUAAAAAGAAGCGAAAAAAUAAGAAAAAGAAAAAACCUGAAACGCUGUUAGUAGUACAACCGGCAGAACUGGAAUUGCAUGGUCAUGGUGGUCAUCAUGGUUGGGAUGUACAUGGCCAUGGUGGACAACAUGAUGAAGUUGUGGAGUGGGUGCCUGUAACGCAGGGUCACAGUAAGCCAUCGAAGAAACAAAAGCGCAAGAAAAAGAAGAAGCACCAGCAUGCGGACGACAGCGUAUCUGUUGUGGUCGAGCAAGAGCCAUCAGACCAUUUGGGUUUGGGCCUGCUGGAGGAGUUGGCGGAUGCGGUCGAUGUAGUGGAUUUGGAUGAAGGACACAAGCGCAAACAUAAGAAACCACAUAAAUAUGGUAGAAGCGUUGGAGUGACACGAGGCAAAAAGAAGAAGAAGAAGAAGGCACUUGCCAAACUGGUGUUGUUGGGAUCAUUUCUCAAAGCGAAAAUCGAGCUGCUACUGAAAAUUUUAGGCGCCCACUUACAAAUCAAAUUCUUCGCAAUUGCACUCAUUGGUCUGCUGAUAAAUAUUGCACGAUUUUGGAUUGAUGUAAAACGUGGUGGUACGCCACAAAAGGUUGUCUAUGUUGAACAUGCACACCAUCAGCACCACUACGAUGAGCAUAACGAAGACUGGGGUGGCGAAUCGGGUGGCAGCUACUGGAAGCGUUCACUACAAACUGAUCCAUCAUUGGAAGAGGCUGCGACGGAUAGCUAUCAGCCUGUGCCGCAAAAUCAAGAUCCACACUUCAUGGCUUACCGUAGACAGUGGCAAUGAGCGGAGCGGACGCAGCUAUUACUUAAAGGGCUAUCAAUUUAUAUUGACAUAGUUAUAUUUUAAUAAAUAUUGUAUUUUGUAGCAUAAUGUAAAAUAAUUGAUUGUUGAGUAAUGUUUUGUUGUAAAAAAUGUCUAAAUUUUCCAAAAAAAUUGGUUUAAGAAAUACCGUACAAGUAAAUUGUUUUAAAUAUUUUAUUCGUUCAAUGAACAAAAACGGAGAUAACAAAAAUGUAAACAAUUGAAUGAUGCCAGAAUUUGUAAACUUAUUAUAAAAUUAGUGGUUUAGAAAAAUAUUAGAAAUUUAGCUUUAAAAAAAUUAUUAAGCUCGGAUUACUUGAAGUGCAAAAUUAAUUUAUUUUUAUGGCUAUGAGAAUUGGAGUUUGAAAAUUAUACAUACUUAUAAGUAUUUAUUCUUACAUUUAAUAUUUAUUUAUUAAGGGAUCUGUACCCGAUGAAUUGACGCGUUUUAACCUUUAGUGUGCUCAUGAGCGAUAGAAUAAACAUUUGCCUGCAGCGAAUGGAAAGAGGACUAAGAAAAUAUUUAUGAUAUGUAUGAUUCUUCAUCACGAAUGAAUUUGACUCUUAAGCCAGCAAUCAACACUCCUAAAAUGCUUGAAGCGCUGCAUGAUAGUGUAUUGACCCAUUUAUGUAAGCUUAUUUAUUAUUUGUUUCCAUAUUAAAUUAUGAGAUAUUAUCCUACAAAAUAUGUCAACUUCUCAUCUGUAUGAACUGUGUUUUAUUCAUUUCAUAUUUAUGUAUAUUUUUCGAUGAAUAAAAAACGACGAAUUUUCAAGAGUUGUUGUGCGCAGCUGGAGAAGAAAAUUUUAUAUCCAA